CAAGUCACUCGUUGUGAAAUGCCAACGUGAUGUACUCACUCAAACGUUCGGUGAUUAAUCACCGUAUCAGAUCGUUAUCUCACGUAAACACAUAACACUGAUGCAGUCAUUUUAUUCUCUCAUCAAAUAUACACAAGGCAUGAUCUCGUCUAAAGUUGUGAUCCCACCGGCUGCUCUGUGUUUCCUGGCGGUUCUACUGACUACCGUUCAAGGAAGGCCGGAUGGUGCCCCCUCAGACGCCUGUGAGACUAUGGACCCCAGCCAUGGGGGUUCACCCCAGACCGGUCCCAUGCCUUACACUCUGCAGCUGGACAGCUACAAGAUCAACAGUGGAGGUAGUGUUCACUUCACCAUUAGGGCCCAGCCUCCCAACACGUUUGCCGGGUUCAUGGUGCAGGCGAGGAACGAGAAGGGUAGGCCGGUGGGAGUAUUCUCUCAGAACGAGAAUGUCAAGCCUACGGAGUGUUUUGGUGUUCCCGGUAACACCGCUACACACGUGAACCACCAGCCGAAGACUGAGGUAACCAUGAGCUGGAGUGCGGAUCCAGGAUACGGAGGAGACGUCAUAUUCCACGCUACGGUCGCCAAGUCAAUGAAAGAAUAUUGGGUGAGGCAGAGGGCAAGACCUCUAGCAGUCGUCAGGACAUAGACCUUCAUGUUGUCAUGUUCUGUCUAAUAUCCACGGUCAACACAUUCACUGGAGAUUGGUCAAACUUCAUGAUAUAUAACUUUUAUCGCUACAUUUGAAUUAUACAUGAACCAUUAAAAGAGUACAUUUUUUUUAUGUCAUAUAGUACUCGGUAUUAUGACAUGAACGAAAAUAAGGCAUAAUAAUAGGAAGAAAAUAUCUGCCAUUGGAACCAUAAAAUCUUACAAAACAGUGUUUCUCUCACUCUUAUCAGAAUCAGUUGUUUGGUUAUUCACUGAUUUUUAACCAGAUUUAUAUUUUGUAGUUGUAGCAACUAAAAUUUUUUUUUCCACCUCGUUAAUAUUUUAAACGCUUUGUAUUUUUUUUUUUUUUAAUUUUAUAGUCAAUUCUUUUUCUAGUAAGUAAUAGGUACAGUUCUUAGAACGGUAACAGCGGUCAAAUAACUUAUUUAUUUAUUUAAAUUUUAUAAUCAAAUUUCAAAAUCAAAUUACAUUGUAACAUAAUAAUAUAUUAUUCAUUGAUAUAUUAGCACAUUACACAGAAAAGUAACUUUAAAAAAUUUACUUUUAAAUCCCAGUCUAUGCUCUUCGUGCCUUCCUUUAUUUAAAAAAAAAUAGGAAGGACCAAGAAACACUGCUGUGUUGUUGUUGUUCCAGUUCGAUGGCAUAGAAUUAGUAUGUCUAGAAUUAUACUUGCAGUACAAAAGUAAUUAUGUUCAUCACUUAUUUAAAAGAUAAAUUUAAACCAAUUUAAAACUUUAUAAUAUAUGAUUCAACGCUUCAGGCACUGUAUUGUUUGAAAGUAAUAUUUAAAAAAUAAAUUGGUGAUUAUAAACAAA